AUGGAACUUUCUACAGAAUGUGGAGACGACACGCUGAAGCUCAUCGAGAAGAACGGACUGGCCUUCCCCUUUAUCUGCAAGACCAGAGUAGCCCAUGGCACCAAUUCCCACGAGAUGGCGAUCAUAUUCAAUCCGGAGGGUCUUCGGAGGAUAGAGCCCCCCUGCGUCAUCCAGAGUUUCAUCAGCCAUAACGCCGUACUUUACAAAGUCUUCGUUGUGGGCGAUUCGUACACCGUUGUGCAGCGGCCAUCCUUGAAAAACUUUUCUCCGGGAUCAUCAGACAGAGAAUCCAUAUUCUUCAACAGCCACAACGUGUCGAAGCCGGAGUCCUCGUCGGUACUGACGGAGCUGGACAAAGUAGAAGGCGUAUUUGAGCGGCCCAGUGAUGACGUCAUUUGCGCCAUUUCCAAAGCGCUGCGGCAAGCUCUGGGGAUCUCACUGUUCGGCAUCGAUAUCAUUAUCAACAACAAGACGGGCCAGCAUGCGGUCAUCGACAUCAAUGCAUUCCCAGGAUACGAAGGCGUUCCGGAGUUUUUUGGGGACCUUUUGAACCACAUCACUGCCCUCCUUCAGCGCCCGGAACCGAAUGCCAAUAAACCUCAGCCAGAGCAGACCAGCGGGAUCCUGGGAGAUCGCCUGUGCUGCACCCCUGCUAGACUAGAGCCCUGGGGGGUGGAGAAUGACGCCAAUGGAGCUGUCAAGCUGCAAAGCCAGAGACUAGCGUGUAACUCUGCCGUAUCCACCAGCUUCCAGCAGCACUGCGUGGCGUCUUUGGCGACCAAAGCUUCGUCUCAAUAA